UCUCUUAUUCUCAAUUAUACUUCCUUUUAUGUCCUUUGACAACUCCAGGUUUUAAGAUGCAAAUGAUUCUGUUUGUUGCUUCUUUUUCUUAAAGAAAUCUUUCCAUGCUGGCAGGCCAUUAUGUUUGUUUUUUUUUUAAUUAGGUAUUUUCUAUUUGUCAUGCUUUCUUUUGCUUAAUAGGAAUAUCUUUGGUAAUUGCAAGUACUCCAUCAUCCAUUCAUCUUCCACCAAAAAAGUUCUUCAAUUCCAUUUUGGUGGCUAGUUUUACUACUGUCAUAAUUGAGCUUAGUUUGUUGAAGAGGAGAAACCAUUGGGCGUAUGUAGCAUGUUUGGGAGUUGAUGAUUCAAUGGGAGUAGAAGUUACAGACAUUUGCAUGGACAAGGAACCAGAUUGUGUAAUAGUUUAUUCAAAUGGUAUUUCACAAGAUCCAAAUAACAUAACAUUUCCCAGUCAUCAUGAUGCCUUGGAGUCAUAUGUGAAUGGGGAUCCUGAGCUUCAAGACACAGAAGAAGGCACUGAAGCAAAAGAAUACGAGGUGAAGGAAUGCACUACUGAAAACUCAGUUGAGAACAGUGAGGAAGAGCAGAGAGUGCUAAGCUCCAAUCUUGAGGCAGGCUUGCCUGAGGAGAAGGUCAAACAAGAAGCAGCCAAAACAAAGAAUAAUAAGUCAAGAGUAUCCAAGCAUGUACCAAAACUUGCUGCAGUAAAUGUUCGAAUGAAGCACACUGUUCCACAGCCAUUUGCCCUUGCAACUGAAAAGCGUGCUUCAUGUGGAACUCGUCCUGCUGUGGCUGAACCUGAUGCUGGAUCUGGUGUGAACAAAACCUCCAACACGAAUGGUGCACAUCAUCCAAAUACAACAAAACAGAAUCAGCAGCCGCAAUUGGUCUUGAGGAAGCCACUGCAACCUAAUAACAAGAAACAUCCUGAUGAUGAUGAAACUUGUUCUGUUACUUCUACCACUGUUGUGUCUUCACAGACUGCUAAGCCCAAGGCAACUGUUGCAUCAGCUCCUGUAUUUAGAUGUUCAGAACGUGCAGAGAAGAGGAAGGAGUUUUAUUCAAAACUAGAAGAGAAACACCAAGCGCUAGAGGCUGAGAAAACCCAAAGUGAAGCAAGGACUAAGGAAGAGAGGGAGGCAGCCAUCAGGCAAUUCAGAAAGAGUUUAACAUUCAAGGCAAACCCAAUGCCAAGCUUCUACCAUGAGGGACCUCCACCAAAAGUUGAGCUGAAAAAGAUGCCACCAACUCGUGCAAAGUCUCCAAAGCUAGGUCGAAGGAAGAGCAGUGGUGAUGCAGUCAGUUCAAGUCAAGGAGAGAAGGUGAAAGGUGAUUCCCAUCACAGAAAUCGGCACAGUUUGGCUAGUCAAAGAGAAGACACCAUUGCCACCAUGUUUGGUUCAGCAAACAAAAAGAAUCCAAACAAUUUCCAGUAUGGCCAUGCUCCUUUGAAAUUCAAAGAUGAAUCCAUGAAAGUGCAAGAGAUGAGUGAGUCAGUUUCACCCAAGGUUAAUGGCAUUACUGACUCAGACAUUAAUUUCCUGUCUUGAGUUUCUGGUGAGUUUUCUAAUUUAAAAGAAGGAAAGGGUUUAUUCUCAUGUUUUCUUGGGACCGCUCUACAGAAUGUGUAUUUCGUUACCUUUAAGUUGCAAAGACUUGUUGCUUUUUCGGUAUUGUUAUUAAGUGUAAAUUUCUGUAAGUUAUAACAUUUUCGUAUAUAUAAAAAGUCCCUGAUUUGUUGUAAUAUUUGACAAAGUCAAGAGACUUCACUUUGCUUCUUUGAACAAUUCAAUAAAUUUGAACAUUUUAGA